UUUGGUUUUUUUUUUUUUCAGAGCUGGGGACCAAACCCAGGGCCUUGUGCUUCCUAGGCAAGCGCUCUACCACUAAGCUAAAUCCCCAACCCCGCUCAUAGCGUUUCUUAAAGCCACAGUUGGUGCAUGAAACAGCCUGUGGCAUACAAACUUGCAGAUGAAGGUCUGCGAGUGUAGGAAAUCUAGCCUUCCUGAGGGGUUACCCUGGCCCUGGUAGUCGUCUUAUCUCUCCUCUCAGCUGCCUCUUAGUUUUGGCCUCACUAACAUUGACCAGAGUCUGCUCAUCAGAGAACAAAGUUGAGUCUGAAAGGAGCGUAUCUCAGCCAGGAAAAUGGAUGAGGUAAUGUUCUGGCUUUUGAAAAACAGUCUAGGUAAAGCAAAUCAGGUUGGAAUUCAAGAGAGGUGGGGCCUUCUUCCCCUUGGUCAUAAAGGUUACUACAUCAGAUGUGUGAUCUGUUACGUCUCAAACACAGUUGCCUAUGAGCAUAGCAAAGCUAACAAUAGCCGCCAUGUUCUCCCAGUCUCCCUGAGUCCCUACCUGUUAUAAGGUCCUCCUGACUGGCAUACCCCACCCUUGACUCUCCAAGCCCAGGUACGGGGCUGGGCUGCCCUUCCUCUGGCUGCUCUUCCCUGUAUAGCCCAGCCAUUUUGGCUACGUGGGUCCUUUUUUGGCUGCUUGAUUGCUGCUCCUGGUUCCCUGGUUCCCUCUUCCCUCCACCCUCUCUUCAUAUGGCCCAGUUCAGUUAGCUGGUCAUGUUGAGUCUGGACCCUUGGCGAUGCCUCUGUCCAUGCCUUCCCUGUAUGUGCAAUAAACCUUCUCCAUCAUACCCAGGAGCAGUCUUGUUCUCCUUUUAUUUCCUUCUUUAUUUAUUAUUCAUAGCAGUUACAUCAUUCCCUGUGGACCCCAAAGCCACAGUUUAAAAGAAAGAAACUUUCAUGUGGCUUAUUUGACAGCAGAAUCUGAUGUGACUGGGCAUGGCAUGGUUUCAUUUCACCUACAUUUUCCUAUACUGCUUCAUGAAGGCCUUGCAUAUGCUAUAUACAUACACUUUCUUUUUUUAAUUGGACAUUUAUUUACAUUUCAAAUGUUAUCCCCUUUCCUGGUCUCCCCUCUGCAAACCUCCUAUGCCAUCCCCCUUACACUGCUUCUGUGAGGGUGCUCUACCACUCACCCACCCACCCACUCCUGCCUCACCACCCUAGUACUCCCCUACACUGGGGCAUCAAGCCUUCACAGGACCAAGGGCCUCCCCUCCCAUUGAUGCCAGACAAGGCCCUUUCAGCUCCUUCAGUCCCUCCCCUAAUUCCUCCAUUGGAUUCCAUGAUCAGUUGGAUAGCUGGCUUUGCACAUCCACAUUUGCACAACCCUUUCUUAAAAUCUGGAAAAUUGUAGACUCUGAGACCAUCCAUUCCUAAGAUUCUAGGAUAAAGGGUUGUAGCUUAUGAUGAGCUCUCUAGGCUAUGGCCCUACCAUAUGCAAAACAGCUAUCUUUCUUUCCAAGGAGUAACAAUUCUUAACAGUUUGCUUAAUGCUCAUGUUUGGCCUCAAACUCCUACAAACAAAAUAACUGCCUGGUAGAUUUGGGCAUUAGGACAGCAGUCACAUCUCUGGAUGUCUGGUCACACAACUCAGUUCCUCAGAUAUUUACUGGUAGACUAAUGAUAACUCGGAGAGCUCUUUACUACUGCAAACUGCAAUCCUUACUUGGUGUCUUUGGGAUGGUUAGGGAUAAAACACUAAGCCUGAACGCAACUGGGGAGGGAAAGGGUCUAUUUUGCUUACACUUCCACAUGGCUGCCUGUCUUAGUUAAGGUAACUAUUGCUACACGUGUGCAUAUAUAGGGUUAGAGUUGGUGAAACAGAAAGAUUGGGGAGGGAAGGGUUUAUUUGGCAUAUAUAUCCACAUUUAAUGAAGUCAGGACAGGAACCAGGGCCAGGAGCUGAUGCAGAGGCCACGGAGGGUCUUGUUUACUGUCUUGUUUCUCCUGGCUAACUCAGUCGGCCAUCUUAGAACUCAGGACCACCAGCCCAGGCGUGGCACCUGAGCCCUCUCCCUAGAAAACCAGGCACCUUGGACGCUAUAGGCUACAGUUUAGGCAAUUCAUUGAAACAACCCGUAACAACAAAGGCCUGUUGGAUUUGCAGAAGACGCAGUCACGAGUAUACGCAUCUUGAUACAAACAUGUUCACACCUCAGGUCAUCCACUCAAGUUUUAUGAGAAUGCUAUUUUAAAGGUUUCAGGAAUUGCGAAAUCCCCAGUCAGAGUGUCUCUUGGCUCCCAUUUGUAGGCUUGAUAUGUGCAUCAAGCAGGAUCUGAUGAGUAAUUAGUGCACAGCAGCCCCAGGAGGAGCGAGCAGGCGAGGUGGACAUCCUUAAUCCACAGUCUAAUGCUAGAAACUCCACUCUGAAAAGCGCCGCAGUUGCAAGCAGCCACUGCGCACACUUCUCUGCUGCGUAGCCGGCUAAAGAAGGAUCGAGUCUAGGCCGCGACCUGCGCUGGAACUCGGUCUCGUUAAGUCCAGCAUUCGCAGUGCUUGACGGGAGGAUGAGCAAGACCCGGACCCAAAGUCUCCAGGCGUACGGACCGCUCUGCGGAGGGAGACCUAUAGUUUCUCCAUGAAAACCUCGCAGUGCACGACGGGAAAGGUGGGACCGAGUUUCGUGAUGCAUGCUGGGACUGGUAGUCUCUCUUGACGUCAGGACUACAAUGUACUAUCCAAUACAGCGGUCCGCGCCGAAUGCCGGCGUCAGAAGACUCCUGUGGUUGGAACUCGCAGUGUACGACGGGAGUUGCCAUAGACACGCACUGUAUGCCGGAACUGGUAGUCUUGAUGCGUCAGGACUAGCAGUGUGUGACAAAAGUCUUGUGACAGCGGUCCGCGUGACAUGGCUGUAGUCUCCAUACCACGGACUGGCGCCCCGUAGGUGUGGACCAGCGCCUCUUGGCUCCGCGAGGGCCGAGUGUUUAUCCUUAUCUUGAGCGCACGCAGUCACGCGGAUGCACGUCGCCUGUCCCGCCCUCCAUGACGCAGCACGCCCCCCGGAAGUGGGUGCGCAGCGAGCGGCGGGUGAAGCCGGUGUCGGAGCGGGAACAGCAGUGUCGCCGCCGCCCGCGGUGGGCGCCGCGCCCUGAGCGCCCGGUGUUUUCGUUUCUCACCUCUGUUGUGACCGUCCGUGCCGCUCGCUGGGUCACGAUGGAAGCGCCGCCCUUGGCCGGCGUUCCCACCGAGUGCACUCCGGCGGUGGCCGGGGCAGAGGUGCGCUGCCCGGGCCCCGCGCCGCUGCGUCUGCUGGAGUGGAAGGUGACGGCGGGCGCGACCGUGCGCAUUGGCUCGGUGCUGGCAGUGUACGAAGCCGCAGUCUCCGCGCAGCCCGCAGGGCCAGCCCCGGCUCGCGCGGCCUCUGGGGGCUGCGUGCGCGCCUCGCGGACAGAGCGCAGGCUCAGGUCGGAGCGCGCCGGCGUGGUCCGUGAACUGUGUGCGCAGCCAGGCCAGGUGGUGGCCCCUGGGGCACUUCUGGUGCGGUUGGAAGGAUGUAGCCACCCUGUUGUCAUGAAGGGCCUGUGUGCUGAGUGUGGCCAGGACCUGACCCAGUUGCAGAGUAAAAACGGAAAGCAGCAGGUACCACUUUCUACAGCGACUGUUUCCAUGGUGCACAGUGUGCCGGAGUUGAUGGUGAGCUCUGAGCAAGCUGAAAAACUAGGAAGAGAAGAUCAGCAGCGACUACAUCGAAACAGAAAGCUGGUUCUCAUGGUAGACUUGGACCAGACCCUGAUUCAUACGACUGAGCAGCAUUGUCCCCAGAUGUCCAACAAAGGCAUCUUCCACUUCCAGCUGGGCCGAGGGGAGCCCAUGCUGCACACCCGCCUGAGGCCUCACUGCAAGGACUUCCUGGAGAAAAUCGCCAAGCUGUAUGAGCUGCAUGUUUUCACUUUCGGCAGCCGUCUGUAUGCCCACACCAUCGCGGGCUUUUUGGACCCUGAGAAGAAGCUUUUUUCUCAUCGAAUAUUAUCUAGAGAUGAAUGUAUUGACCCGUUUUCUAAAACAGGAAACCUUAGAAAUCUCUUUCCCUGUGGAGAUUCAAUGGUUUGCAUCAUUGAUGACCGAGAGGAUGUGUGGAAGUUCGCCCCUAACCUUAUAACUGUGAAGAAGUAUGUCUAUUUCCCAGGCACAGGUGAUGUGAACGCACCCCCUGGGGCCCGGGAAUCUCAGACAAGGAAAAAAGUAAAUCAUUCUUCCAAAGGAGCGGACAUCUUGGAACAAGCUCUGCCAGUCAAGGACCCUGAGGAAGGCAAACCUCCUGGGGUGGAACAGAGCAAUGGCCUUGGGAAGGCCUCCCGGGAGCUCAAUGGUGGUGAGGCUGUGCCAGGAGUUUUUUCCAGUAAAACAGAUGAGAAGGAAACCUGGUCCCUCACCCGUGCCUCUCCUGCCAGCAGCUCUGGUGGCCGAGAGCUGACAGAAGCUCCAGAGCUCCCUGUGUCUUGUGAGUGGGACAGUCGGACAGCACCAGGAGCGCACCCUACUCAGGGAGAUGCCACCCAAGGUUUGGACUUCGACCUGUCCAGUGACAGUGAGAGCAGUGAGAGCAGCAGGUCAGAAGGCCAGAAGUCCUUCUCCUCUGCUUCCGAUGGGGAGAAUGAGGAGAGGAGACGCAGAAAGAAGUCUCCAGCCACCCAGGAUAGAACAAAAGUUCCACAGCACAGUGGGCCCCAUGACACGAGUGGGGGGAGGUCUGCAGCAAGCCCCUCGGGAGAGUCUGGGCCUCUCCACCCACAUGACAAAGUGUCCGACCCAGAUACUCAGGAGGAGGGUGAGCGAGACAGCCUCUGUGGCCUGGGCAACGGCAGUGUGGACCGGAAGGAGGCUGAGACAGAGUCACAGAACAGUGAACAGUCAGGUGUCACUGCAGGCGAGUCCCUAGACCAGAGUGUUGGGGAGGAAGAGGAAGAGGACACAGAUGACGAUGACCACUUGAUACACCUCGAGGAGAUCCUAGUGCGAGUACACACUGACUAUUACACAAAAUAUGACAGAUACCUCAACAAGGAGCUUGAGGAAGCUCCAGAUAUACGGAAAAUUGUGCCAGAGCUCAAGAGCAAGGUGCUAGCAGAUGUGGCCGUCAUUUUCAGUGGGCUGCACCCAACAAACUUUCCUGUGGAGAAGACUCGUGAGCACUAUCAUGCCACAGCUCUGGGAGCCAAGGUCCUCACCCAGCUAGUGCUGAGCCCUGACGCUCCAGACAGGGCCACUCACCUCAUUGCAGCGCGGGCCGGCACAGAGAAGGUGCGCCAGGCACAGGAGUGCAAACACCUGCAUGUGGUCAGCCCUGAAUGGCUGUGGAGCUGCCUGGAGCGCUGGGACAAGGUAGAGGAGCAGCUCUUCCCGCUCAUGGAUGAGGAUACCCGGACACAUAGGGAUAACAGCCCUGCAGUCUUUCCAGACAGACACAGUAUGCUUCCCACAGCCUUGUUCCACCCAACACCCAUCCAUUCCAAGGCCCAUCCUGGUCCUGAGGUUCGGAUCUAUGACUCUAACACAGGCAAGCUCAUCCGGAUGGGCACCCAGGGUCCUGCACCAGCUCUUUCCAGUGCCCCACUUAUCCAUGGAGAGCCCUCCUCCUUCAGGUGGACGACAUCCUUGGAGAAGGCAGUGAUGACAGUGAGAGCGAGAAGAAGAAGGCAGAAGACCAAGACAGUGAGCAGGAGAGAGCACGCAAGCCCAGGAAGCCCAGGGCCCCAGGCACCCGAAGAGAGCAGCCGGCAGGGCUGCCCUCACCUGGCGAGAGGAGCGCCGCUGGCACGCGUGCGCCCAGAGGCCACAAGAGAAAACUGAAUGAGGAAGACGCGGCCAGCGAGUCCAGUGGGGAGUCCAGCAACGAUGAUGAGGAGGGCAGCAGUUCGGAAGCAGACGAGAUGGCCGCUGCUCUGGAGGCGGAGCUUAAUGACCUCAUGUGACUUGGACCCGCCCCAUACCAGCCCUUGGCUUGGGUCCUUUUUCUCCAGAAAAACAUAUAUUUUGCAGAGCUCCACAUACAGAAACACAUUAUUUUGCAGAAAUAAGUGUUUGUAAGAAGUUUUACUAUAGGAAAAUCUACUUUUUUAAGUGACAGUGUUCUGAGGAGUUGGUGUGCGAUGCCAAAGAGCUCACAGGGCCUCCCACGCAAGCAUGGAUAUGUGAUGUCUGGUCGUGUGGUGAGGGCCUUGGGGGCUUCCCUUUGAAUACUAAGCAUAUUUAGUGUGAGGACUGGGAACCCAGGAAGAUUUAAAGAGCAAUAGAGCAAAACCUGGCACCUUGGGCCUUUUCCACAGCUGAUGCUGUCAGAAUUUUGAAGGAUUUUUAAGUAAAGCAGCAGUGUACAUAUGUGUGUACAGAACACCGAGACUCACAGGCAGGCCUGAGAGCCCCAGCCCCCUUCAGUCCCUCGGCGGCUCCGCGGAUGGCCUGGAGGUCCCGGCUCGUCCUUGUCUGCAGCCUGGGCUGCCUGGGCCAUCCAUAGCCUGCCAGUGCGGGCAGUGUGAUAAGAGCUGGUCUGUACCGCCCUGAAAGAGGUCUGAUGUAAAGUUUUUGUAUAUUUCAUAUUCCGCCCACCAGAUUCUUCUUCCAUUUAAUAAAAUCCUUUUUGUAA